AUGCCGGCCAGAAUCUACCGCUCAUCCUAUCCGUCGGUCAAGGUGAUUGACUGCGACCUGUUGACCUACCUCUUCUCAAAUCCGAAUAAGACGCCAGAAGAUAAACCAAUAUUUAUCGAUGCCGUCUCCGGGGCUUGUCGCACUUAUGGAGAGAUCAAGCGCAGAACUCGGUCACUUGCCCACGGUCUGCGAGAAUUAGGUGUCAAGCCCAAGGAUAUUGUUGCCCUGUUCAGCCCCAAUAGUAUCGACUACGCUAUUACUUGCUAUGGGAUUAUAGGAUGUGGCGCCACCGUGACGCCCGUCAGCGCAGCAUAUACACCACUGGAAUUGACAGCGCAACUCGAGACCAGCGGCGCCAGGUUCCUGAUUGUCCAUUCCUCGCUGCUCCCAACGGCCGAGCAGGUGGUGAAAUCCAUCCCCAGCAUUCAGGUUAUUCAAGCAGAUGGGCUUCGCGACAAGAAGGGCAAACCGACCGCCGAACGCCUCGCUUCAGACUGUCCACCCAGUCCGCUCGUCAGCAUCAAGCCGAGUGAGGCGGAGGAUCGGCUUUGCUUCAUGUGCUUCUCUUCGGGAACCACGGGUCGAGCAAAGGGCGUCAUGACAACGCACAGAAAUCUGGUUUCCAAUAUUCAGCAGUGGAUUGUCCAGUUGCACAGUGAAACCACGGGGAAACAAAUAACCGUGGCAUUUUUACCGCUCAGUCACAUCUACGGUCUUACCUCUUUUGUGGCCAUGAACACAUUUGUGGGCAACACUGCUGUCAUCCUGAGCCGUUUCGACCCCGAAGUCUUCUUGUCGAACUGCCAGAAAUAUCGGCCCGAAAUGGUUAACGUGGUGCCACCAGUCAUGUUGUUGAUGGCCAAACACCCCUUGAUGAAGAAGUACGAUCUCAGCAGCUUGAAAAGAAUCUACUCUGCCGCAGCUCCUUUGAGUAUAGAGCUCAGGGAGGCUGUUGAAGCACGGUUCAAGGAGUUGUAUGGGACGACGGUACUGGGACUGCAGGCCUGGGGAAUGACCGAGACGAGUCCACUAGGCGCUGCAGUCACCGCCGAGCGACCGGAGAAGAGAAAUACGGUCGGGGCUAUCACGCCUAACAUGGAGUAUAGGGUGGUUGACCCCGAGACGAUGCAGGACACAGGAUAUGAGUCAGAUGGUUCUGCAGUACCGGGGGAACUGUGGUGUCGCGGACCAAAUGUGACCAAGGGUUAUUAUCGGAAUGAAGAGGCGACGAAAAAUGGGUUUGCAACCGACGAAGAAGGCAGGCUAUGGUUCCGCACCGGAGACAUCGGGACCAUUGACAAGGACGGAUUCUUGACCAUUGUCGAUAGGAUCAAGGAGAUGUUCAAGUACAAGGGGUUGCAAGUCAUCCCUUCGGAGCUUGAGGGCAAACUCCUGGAACACCCUGACGUUGAGGAUGCCUGUGUUGUCCCGCAAUGGAUCGAAGAACAAGCGACUGACGUUCCGGUCGGCUUCAUUGUUCUAAGCCAGAAAGCAAAGGCCAGGGGCGAGAAGGAUGCUGUUGCGGACAUUGACAAAUGGCUGAAUGCCAGAAUCGCCAACCAUAAGAAACUGAGAGGAGGCAUCCGUGUUGUCGACGCCAUUCCCAAGUCACCCUCGGGGAAGAUUCUGCGGCGCGAACUGACGCAGAUGCUCAAAGAGUCGAAGCCAAGGACGGCAUCGAAGUUGUAA